CUACUUCUUUUUGUUUGUGUUUGUGACUUUGUGUACGUUUUCCCUUGCUUACAGUGUGUCAAGGCAUCAUCAACACUGCUGAUAGUAAUUGAGUAAUUUGUUCGUGUGAAAAUAAAGGGGAGAAAAUGGCCGUUUCAUCACCAAUGGACAGACUGCAAGCUCUGGAAAACAUAGAGAAGGAUAUAGCCACUGUUUUGCAGACCGCUGGUCAAGCUUUGACGGAACUUGGAAAAGACAAGCCAGCAAACAAGCAAGUAGAGGCACAUGUGAAUCAAUUCAAACAGACUCUAGCUAAUGUUGAAACUGAACUAGCGAAGCAGAUUAAUUACCUCACACAAGUAUCUACAGGUCAAGCUCAUGAAGGAUCUAGUUAUAAUUCCCAGAAGACCCUACAAAUGGCAAUGCAUCGACUAGACCACACAAAAAGACUGGUCAACGAGUUAGAAAACACCAGAAGCAAACACAUGCAAGUUUGGCAGCAAAGCCAGCUCCAGAAACAACAACCAAUGAUGCAGUAGCUUCCCAUAGAUGCUGACUAUUUUAUACUCAAGGAGUGUUACAUUAGAAGCUUAGAUAUAAUGAGUUUUGUCACUGAAUAUUAUAAGAACUUACUUUCAAAUUUUGUAAGGUGAGAGAUCAACUGGUGAUCAUUAACUUUACUGUUAAUGGAUUAUUUAUAUAGUAAUUUUGGCAUGGGUUUUUGUUACUUUCUGUGUAGUACUCAGUAUAUAUAACAAUCAUAGGAUCUAUUUAGUUUGUCAAAGUAAUAUUUUCCUGAUGUUUUCUUAAAGUAAUGGGAGACUAGUUGCAAGAAUGUUUACACUUAUGUUGUCUAAAAUUAUACCUAGUUAGUUAAAUGAAGAAUCAUGGGAAUAAAUUAGCUUUUAUAAGUGCAUAUAAUUGAGAAAUGCUUUUCAAUACAAAAUAUUUUACUGUGUAGAAGUUAUAUUUUUUCACCAAAGUUGAUAUACAAAAGCCUACAUUAAUAGGUCAAUGUAUUACAGUGAAAAAACAAGCUUCCAUAUGUAUAUAAAUAAAGUCAUAAUAUACUGUGGUUUGGUGUCUUCCAUGACUUUAGCAGUCAUGAACUUUGGGAAGAAAGAUAAGCACUGUGGAAGAUACAUUUUUUUCAAAGUGCUGUGGAAAAUGAUCAGCUGAUAGUACAAUGUAAAGUAUUCAUUUGUAUUGGUAACAUGUAUUGGUAAUAAAUUUGUUUUCUAAGGAA